AGCUGGAUGCUGUUCCUGCCCUGGGAGCGGGGGCUAAGCCAGGAGGCCUCCCCAGUUUGUGGCAGACCCCAGCCGGCGGCGCGAAGGCAGCAUCACCCGCCAGGAUGAGCGGUUUGCCCCCCGCCCUUAGGAGGGAGGAGACCUUCCCGCCGUCCCCUCUAUCACGUGGGAAAACAAAUACUGCGGCCGCUGCCCUGCCCCAGUGGCCCGGCGAGGCGGAGCGCGGGCGGGCCGUGUGCGGCACCAUGAAGAUGCAUUUCAGCAUUCCCGUCUCGGAGCAGCUGCUGGAGAAGUUCGGAGGCCGCUACGUGCUGUACUCAGUGUACCUGGAAGGCUUCCUCUUCUGCAAGGUGCGCUACAGCCAGCUACACCACUGGAAUGAUCAGCUAAGACGGAUCUUUGGGAGUACCGUGCCUGCUUUCCCUCCGAAGUUCUAUCUUGCAAUGACCAAGUCCAUGGCUGAGGAGAGGAGGUCUCAGCUUGAGCAAUAUCUACAAAGUGUAACUGUAGAUCCAAGUAUUACAAACAGUGAUGUCUUCAUCAGUUUUUUUAGAAAAUUACAGCAGGAUACAUUUCAGAUCCAGACACAGAGAGCCUCUCUAGAUGUUUACCUGGCUGAUGGAAGGAAUGUUAGGCUUGAUAUCCAGACAUCGGACACUGCUGAAAGAGUACUAGAGGUUGUCUCAUACAAGAUGGGGCUGUCAAGAGAAUUAAUAGGAUAUUUUAGCUUAUUUUUUAUUCAAGAUCACAGCAAUGGAGUUCUCUCUGUGGUGAAAAAAGUGGCAGAAUUUGAACUUCCUUACGUGAGUCUUCAGAGUAUGAAAGAGUCAGACUGUAAGAUUGGGAUCAGAAAAUGGUAUAUGGAUCCUUCUCUUGAUAAAAUGUUAAUGGACUGUGACGCUUCAGUGAAUUUACUCUAUAUGCAGGCACUGCAGGAAAUUGAGAAGAAUUGGGUCAAACCCACAGAUGGACAGAUGCAGAAACUGGAAUCACUACAAAACACGGCAAACAAAAUGAAGGUUCUAGAGCUGGUUCAGGAAGUGCAGCACUAUGGAUAUAUGCAGCUUGAUCCCUGCACCUGUGACUAUCCAGAAGUAGGCUGUUCUGCUGCAGUUCAUGUAGGAAAUAAUGAGAUUAGCUGCUCCAUAAAGUUACCUAGUAACCAGACCAAAGAGGUCAGCUUCAAGAUCAACAGAGUGAGGUGCUGGCAGGUCACUUUUCUAGGCGCUGUUACACAGCCAAAAGACCAAGGACAUGAGCAGACCCUAGAGCUCAGGUUUGAGUACAAUGAUUCGGACUCAUGGAGAUGGAUCGUCUUUUACACAAAACAGGCAUUUCUACUGAGUAGCUGCUUAAAAAAGAUAAUAUCAGAACAGCUGAUGAAGACAACCAAAGAAGACAAAGAAAUGCUUUGUCUAGCUUGCUGGAAAGAUCCUUUGCUAUGAUGUGAGUCAAGCAACGUCCAAUGUGUACGUGCUAUCUCUGAGAGGUUUCCAUUUUAUACAGUUCCUGGGUAAUCCUUGUGAGUGUGUGUAUUCCUCUUAAUGGGCCAUCAUCAGUUUCUGGCUGUACCAUUGUUGUACCCGAAGGACUGGUUGUGCGUGUCUUCAACCUCACAACAUAUUUCAGUAACAUACAUAUAGCAAAACUUCAUAACUCCACAUACGAUGAUAGCACAUACAGUGUAACAGGAUAUUAAUGUUCAACAGAUUAAGACUUUUAAAAGAUACCUCACAAAGCAUACUUUUACAAAACAUCAUAAUUAUAUCACCGUGGUAAAUACGGGGGUUUCAGGGUGUUGCCUUGGGGUACAGAGUGUCACACCCACAUCUCUAAUUUAAAGCAUGUGAGUAUUCCCACUGACUUAACUUUAGUAUGUAAGCAAUUUUAUUUAAGCACUUACUUGUAAGUAUUUGCUGGAUUGUGACAUUAUUAUUCAGGCAUAACACCAAUAAAAAGCAGCCCCAAAUGUCCCAAUUUGUCCCAUCAUUAGAGCAUUGAAAUAAAUAUUACUAACAUUACAGUUUCCUGCUCCAAUAAGCAAUUAUCUGCCUCCUAAGUGCUGACCUAGAAGUGCCAUCCAUUGCAUCAGUAAAAUAGGAUAAUGUCUGCUAAACUUUUUUUAGUUGCAUUAAUGUUCAUACUUAUCGCUGAAUGUCUGUUGGUUUUUUUGGUUACUGUGAUUUGUGUGCUCGUACUGUAUUUAACUGUGUAUUUGUUUCUCUGCAGAUAGCUCACUCUGGUUUUAUACCAAGAAAAAGGAUUUUGGUUAGACCAAAUAAAGAGGAUGGUGUUUUUGAGAAGAUAA